AUGCACACUAACACAGACACGUCCAAAGAGGUCUCCGAGCGACCUCAACUGGAUGGAGAGCUCAUUCUCGCGUCGCGCUGUAAGCGUUGUGGCACUGAUGGGGGAGUUGAUGCUACGAGUGGAAGGGCUGAAGCAUCUGGUGGAUCAGAGCUUUCCCUGCCAGAACAGGAUGCUGCUAUAGCUGAUCUCACUCUGAACACUUCCAUCGGCAAGACGAACCAUGGCCACGGACAUCCUUCGCUUCAGCUCGCCUUUGCUUUUGUAUGA